GUCAUUUUCAUUUGCUCUCAACUGACAGCCGCACGUGUUGGUCUCGCAUGUCUUGCCUGCUCGGUUGUAAACAAACGCAUGAAAAUGCCUCCGUUUGCACGUGAAAAUAACUUAUUAGUGUAUAAAGGUAACAAUUUUUUGAAGCAACGCUUGCUGCUUUCAACACUCAGCGGCAAACCAGUGAAAAUCAUCGAAAUCCGAAGUGAAGAUGCCAAUCUCGGCUUAAGGGAAUACGAAAUCAGCUUGAUCCGUCUUUUCGAUAAAAUCACAAAUGGAACGAAAAUUGAAUUAAAUGAAUCUGGCACAAGCUUGUAUUUUUGUCCGGGAUUGCUACAUGGUGGAGCGUUCCAUCAUGAUUGUUGUACUCAACGGGGAAUCGGGUACUACCUCGACGUUCUUAUCGCAUUGGGACCGUUCUGCAAAACACCUUUAAACAUCACCCUCAGAGGAGUCACAAAUAGCAAGGAAAGUCCAUCCGUUGACCAUAUAAAAGGCGCUGCAAUUCCGGUACUCAAAAAGUUCAUAGUCGUCGAUGAGGGCCUUGAACUGAAAGUAACGAAACGUGGAAUGAUGCCUGGCGGUGGCGGAGAAGUAGUUUUUAAAUGCCCAGUGAAGCAAAAAUUGCGACCAACACAGUUCCUGAAAGCUGGAAUGGUCAAGAGAAUACGUGGAACUGUGUACGCCUCCAAAGUAUCACCAGCAAUGGCGAAUAGAACAGUUGAAUCGGCGAAAGGAGUUAUGCUCAAUUUUCUGCCUGACGUCUACAUCUACACCGACCAAAAUCGAGGUAAAAUGUCCGGGAACAGCCCUGGAUUCGGGGUCAACCUCAUCGCCGAGACGACCGAUGGUGUCUUCUACUCAGCUGAGGCAAUUUCCAAUACAAAAGACGAGGGAAAAGAACCGUCUGUUCCGGAAGAUCUAGGUCGCGAAGCUGCUUACCGACUUCUAGACGAAAUCUAUCGCGGCGGAUGUGUCGACUCAUCAUUUCAGUGGCUGACGAUACUGUUCAUGGCGCUGGGGCAAAAGGAUGUGUCGAAAUACUUAACAGGGCCGUUGUCUGAUUACAGCGUGCACUUCCUUCAGCAUCUGAGAGACUUCUUCGCAAUAACAUUCAAACUGGAGAAUCCCGAACAGGACGACGAAGAUGACGCUUUGCCUGGUGCACAGAAAGUCCUGAUGACAUGCGUGGGGAUAGGUUACACAAAUAUCAAUAAAAGAGUCAUUUAGAAAGAAAGAAAUUUAGCUUUUUUUUAU